AUGGAUGAACUAAAAGCCAGACAUUCUAAGGAAAAGAAGGAUUUAGUGGGUAAGAAUUUUGUUAUUUAUUUAGUGAAUAACACAAUAUUUAGCUCAAACAACGUCUUUGAAACGUUCCAUCAACAAAAAUGAUGCCAAAAGGAAAAAGGAGGUUAAUGCUCAGAUUGCAAAGUUGGAAAACGAGCUAAAGGUUAAACACGAGAAGGAAAUGAAUGAUUUAGUUCAACAAACUGUCAAUGUUAAAGUAUCUGAUGAUUCUGAAGCUAAAGUGCCAAGUGAAACAAACUCAGAGAAUGUCGAAGAAGCCGGUGAGAAGAAGAAGACUAAAGCACAGAAGAUGAGAGUAAGUUAAUGUUAAUAUAGUUCAAUUCUUGCUUUAGGAGAAGAAGGAAGAAAAAGAUCGUCGGAUGAGAGAAGCCAUGAAGCAAGAUGCUUUGAACGCUGCUACAAGUCGAGGCACGGUGGAGAGUGAAAAGAUAAAGGCUGUGUUGGAAGACAGGAAUCUCAAGAUGAUUGAUAUAAAGCCAGAUGGAGAUUGUAUGUACAAUGCUUUAGCUCAUCAGAUCUCUUUAUUGGACGCUUCUUCAACGAUGACAGGUGACAAAGUCAGGGAACUCACUGUGAACCACUUGAUAUCGAAUAAAGACAGUUUUUUGCCAUUUUUGAACAAUGGGGAUUUAGAUGAUGAAGGUUUUGAAGAGUAAGAAUUUAAUAUAAUAUUGUUUUAUGAUGAAUUUGUAGUUUUUUUAUUCGUGUGGUUGAUUUGCAUCCUUAACUAUGUAUUAUAAUCCUGCUUUUUAAUUAAAAAAAUUUCUAUUUUCAGUUAUUGCGACAAAGUUCGAAGUAGUUGUCGCAAUGGUGGAGAAUGGGGUGGUGAACCAGAAUUACAAGCCUUUAGUGCUGCUUACGAGAAGCCUAUAGAAGUUAUUCAUGCUGAUGGAUCUCCACAUAAAUAUGGUGAAGGCUUCAAAGGAAAACCUCUGAUCUUAACGUAUCAUCGGUAUGCCUACUCGCUCGGUGAACAUUACAAUUCUACUCAGUCUUCUAAUUAA